UUGCAGUGACAAGAUCUAUUUUCGUGUGUUAAAUACAGUUGAACGCAUCUAUUCGCGAAUUCGGUAUACAAAAAUUUUUUUUUUCUUAUAUAUAUGCCUAUAUAUAUAUAUAUAUAUAUAUAUAGCUUUUGUUUGUUGUUGAUUUCAGAUUUAUAUAAAAACUAAGCCAUGGCACCACCGGCAUUACUUAGCAAGGAGAUACCAGAUAUCGAGAGUCUGAUGGCCUUAAAUCCUCGUGUCAAGACACAAUGUACGGUUGUACCAACGGCUGAAACGAAGAUCAACAAAAAGCAUUGGAAGCGUAACAAUGAUCGCAAUCCAACCGGCUGCUCGAAGCUUUUGAAUAACUUCGAUGAUGUUAAGCACACCACUCUCUCUGAGCGAGGCGCUCUCAAAGAGGCAGCACGUUGCCUAAAAUGCGCCGACGCACCUUGCCAGAAAUCAUGCCCCACUCAGUUGGACAUCAAGAGCUUCAUUACCAGUAUUGCCAAUAAAAAUUACUAUGGCGCCGCAAAAGCUAUAUUUUCAGAUAAUCCACUGGGUUUGACCUGCGGUAUGGUGUGUCCAACUAGCGAUUUGUGCGUUGGUGGUUGCAAUUUGCAGGCGUCGGAAGAAGGACCCAUUAAUAUUGGUGGUUUGCAGCAAUUUGCAACCGAGAUGUUCAAGGAGAUGGGUGUGCGUCAAAUAGUGCCACCUAAUGUACAACCCUUGCCGCAGCCAAAUAAAAAAAUUGCACUUUUAGGUGGUGGACCCGCUUCACUUUCUUGCGCCACUUUCCUAGCACGCUUGGGCUAUAAGAACAUAACGAUUUAUGAGAAACGCUCUUUCUUGGGCGGCUUGAGUUCAUCUGAGAUUCCACAAUAUCGCUUACCUGUUGAUGUUUAUUUUGAGAUUCAAUUAGUUGAGGAUUUGGGUGUGAAAUUUGAGUUGAACCGCAGUCUGUCGACUAGGGAUUUGACCGUAAACGAUUUGCUUUCAACUGGUCACGACGCCCUAUUUCUGGGCAUCGGUUUGCCAGAACCAAACGUGGAUCCAGUUUUUGCUGGUUUAAAUGAGUCUAUGGGCUUUUAUACAUCUAAAAAUUUCUUGCCUAUCGUAUCGGUAGGUUCAAAGCCCGGAUUAUGUGCAUGUAAGGCCGGCCAACCUCUACCCUCGCUGAGUGGUAAUGUUAUCGUUUUGGGCGCUGGUGAUACCGCCUUCGAUUGCGCCACUUCCGCUUGGCGUUGUGGUGCCAAACGCGUUUUUGUCAUCUUCCGUCGGGGCACUACCGGCAUGCGCGCCGUGCCCGAAGAGGUGGAGUUGGCGCGCGAAGAAUGGUGCGAGUUUCUACCAUUCUUGGCGCCUAGCAAAGUUAUCGUCAAGGAAAAUAAGAUACGUGCGAUGGAGUUCUUCCGUACCGAAAUCGAUGACAGCGGCCAACUAAUUGUAGAUAGAGAUCAACCUACAACCCUUAAGGCUGACUAUAUCAUUUCGGCCUUCGGCUCUGGCUUGAAUGACACAGAAAUCAUUGAGGCCAUUAAACCAGUUGAGCUCGAUCAGUGGAACCUACCCAAAGUGAAUCCAAAGACUUUACAAACUAGCAUACCGCAAGUUUUUUGUGGUGGCGAUUUGGGUGGACAAGCUAAUACCACAGUUGAGUCUGUAAACGAUGGCAAAAUUGCCGCUUGGAGCAUUCAUUGUCAACUGCAGGGACUGUCACUCGAUACUCCGCCUGAGUUACCACUUUUCUACACUGACAUCGAUAACGUCGACCUAACGGUUGAUUUAGUGUACCAGCGCACUGACAAGGAAACAGGGAAAAAAGAAAAACAUACACUCAGAUUCCCUAAUCCUUUUGGAUUAGCAUCCGCACCACCAACAACAAGUUCAGCUAUGUGCCGACGCGCUUUCGAGCAGGGUUGGGGCUUUGUGGUUACAAAAACAUUCGGGCUUGACAAAGAUCUGGUCACCAAUGUAUCGCCACGUAUUGUGCGUGGCACCACCGCGGGCUAUAAUUAUGGCCCGCAGCAAGGUGCUUUUCUCAACAUUGAAUUGAUUUCGGAGAAACGCGCAGAAUACUGGUACCGUUCGAUACGCGAACUCAAGCGGGACUUUCCCAACCAGAUUGUCAUCGCGAGCANUAAUCAUCAACUAUGGGAUGGACAAUCGCCACCAACACCAAAACAUCAGAAGGGCAAGCCGGUGGUGCACUUGACGAAUGGCGAUAACAAGACUUUAGGAUUCUUUGGCCCAUACAAGAAGCAGCGAGAAGAGAAACUAUAUGAGGGCAGAGUCAAGAAUGGUCCCUUAUGGAAUGCUAAAAAGGAAACUGCGACAUCAGGUGCGCUUGCACCUGCACUCCGCGUAAACGAUAUUAUAGGUCGCGCCUUGAAUCGAAUUGGCGCCUAUAAAAAAUUGGACAACAAGCAACAGAAAGUGGCAUUAAUCGAUGAUGAUAUGUGCAUAAAUUGCGGCAAAUGUUAUAUGACGUGCAAUGACUCCGGCUAUCAGGCCAUACAAUUCGAUGCCGAGACGCAUAUACCACAUGUCACCGAUGAUUGCACCGGUUGUACGUUGUGUGUUAGUGUUUGCCCCAUUAUUGAUUGCAUCAGCAUGGUGCCGAAGAAGAUUCCGCAUAUUAUCAAGCGUGGUUGGGGUGAGAAUACACCUGUAUAUACGCAUGCGCUUAGUCAGAUGCAGUAACCAUCGGACAAAAACUAAAUGUAAAACUGGUAUUGCGAUUUUCAAAAUAUCAUUUCCAUGCUCUGUAUGUAGUAUGUGCAUACAUGGUAGUACUCAUAAGGGUUUACUAAAUUUAAAUAUAUAUUUUCUAAUGUAUUUAGUAUUGAUUUUUAGCUCUUUGGAUAAGUUUUAAUUAAACUAUAAAUAAAUUGAUUUUAUUUCAAAUGAUUUUCACAUACAUAUGUAAGUAUAUAUUUAGACUGUAAUUCUAAAUAAAUAUAAUAAUAUUUU